AUGGAAGACUUCCGAGGUAUUGCUGAAGAGUCAUUUCCUAGCUUUAUGACUAGUUCCUUCCUUGGUAAUAGUGGCAUUUUGGAAAAUGUCACGAUUUCUUCAAAUCUUGGCCCCCCUGUUGCUGUUUCCACACUUGCUAGAGAUAGAACCACUACUAAUAACAGGUACUCAGAUAUCCAGGAAUCUUACUUGGUAGAAGGAAGAUAUUCAGUUCCGUCGGAAUCAUCUCACAGUAGCCAGAGUGAUGGUGAACCAAAACAGAGGUUACAGCUUAGCUUUCAUGAUGACGACUGUCUCUCUAGGAAUAAGAACCAUAUGGAAACUGAGCAUGUGGCAGAUACUCUUAUGAGAGAGUCGUCUUUGAAAAGUGAGGUCGCAGGAACAGAAGAUGAGCAUAUUCAGACUGCAAAAUCCUUCCAGGGCCAAGACAUUUCUGAUGGGAUCUCAGCACCCCAAGAUUCACCUGUUAAUUUUUGUUUACAGUCAUGCGUCAAUAAUAAGAAACUUGAGGUUGUUGGACCUGAUGCUGUAACACAAUUUGAAGACAAAAUGCCAAACAGUGAAUUAAGUGAAGUGGUCUUACUAGAAGAUGAAAAACUUCUGUCAAUGACUAGCUUUGAGGAUUUCUCUGUAGAUGAUAUGGAUGAUGAGCAGUUUUAUAAUGAUCACUUGAAGGCCUAUUUUGAACAACUAAUGAAUCCGGGAAUGAUAUAUGAAGACAUGGAAGGACAGGACAUUGUAGAAAAUGAUUUUAUUUUACCUAUAAUUGAUUAUAGUCAGGGAAGCAGAAGAGGUGAAGUUCUAGUGAACACAGUAGGGCCUCUGGAUGUGAAAAUUAACCUUGUCUGCUUUCAUGAUACAGAUACUGAGAAAGAUGUUUUUUCCCUGACUGGUUUCUUAAAGCAGGCGUCAGAGUCUCUACAUCAAGAUAAGCAUUUGACAACAUCUUCAGAAGCAGUGUUGAACCCAGAUAUUUGUUUAGGCACUGAGACUUCAAAAGUGUCCGUUAAAAAGAACAUGGACUUGAUCUCUUCGGUGCCUGUAAAUGACAAUGCUUCUAAGUCGACUGCUGCUGUCUGUUCAUCAACCAGUGAAAAACAAACAGGUGACUGUUCUGGGUUAAUUAAAAAGAGUAAAGACCAUUAGUGGAUGAAAAUGGAUCUGCCACAAAAUAUGGUCUAUCAAAACGAAGAGGGCAAAUGGGUAACUGAUCUAGCUUAUUAUACAUCAUUUAAUAAACAGCAAGAUUUAAAUACAUCUCUAAUUGAUGAAGUGAAUGAAGACUUCAUAUCUGGUUCUGAAGCAUUGGCUUUGAUUGCACAAGAUGAAAAAGAAUUUAAUGAAGAACAUCAGUUUAUGCAGGAAGAAAAUAUAGAUACUCAGAACACUUCAGUCACACCUGGAGACACAUCCUGGGGAAUUUUAUUUAAUCUAAAUCUGUUGAGGAGGUCUCUUAGCGCAUCUGAUUUGGACAAAGAUGAUCCCAGUUAUUUGUGUCUGUCUUUAGGAGAAUUCUUUGCUCAGCGAUCUGAAGCCCUUGGUUGUCUUGGUGGUGGUAACAAUGUGAAAAGACCUUCAUUUGGUUAUUUCAUUAGAUCACCAGAGAAGAGAGAGCCUGUUGCUCUGUUAAGAAAAUCUGAUACACCAAGCAAUUUUAAAAUUGAAAUGGAUAAUCAUAAUUUAUUUGCAGGAGGCUUAUUUGAGUCAUCCAAGGCACAAUUCAAUGAAGGAUCCUUUACACUUGCCAUUGAAGAAUUGGAGAGUAGUUCACAAGUUGAUGAAAGUGAUGUGACAUUAACUGCUGAUAAAGGUGAAAUGAAGGACACCUUCUUAAUGAACAGCCAGCCCGGAAGGUGCACAGAUGAAGUUUCUGAUAGUGGUGAUUCUGUACUUAGAAUAAGCACCAUUGCUUUAGCCAUUUCAAGUGCAGCUGUCAGUACAGAACCUUCUCAGCUUGCUGCUAUGAUAAAAUCACUUUCAAAUAAAACCAGAAAGAAGACUUUUAAGGAUGACCAUAAACCAAGAGGCUUUCCCAUUGUGUCUGAUGAUUUAGAGAAAAGUAAUGGUUCCAACUCAUUUGACAUGGAGAAAUACCUUAAAAAAACAGAAGUAAGUAGGAAUGAAGUUGGACUGGAAAAUUUUUCAAGAACUGAUGUGUCUAAUAAUGGGGAUUUAUCUUUACCAAAGGAACAUACCACACCUACCAUCUAUUCAGUGGGUUUAGUUGCUGCUGAUCUAAGGGGAAUGGCAGCAGAAAAAUACACAGCAGCUCUUCAUAAUGAAAACAGAGAGAACCAGAAGUCAUAUAACACUAUAAAGUCCUCAAAUCCAGUUCCCACAAAUGAAAGCAAUAAAGAGAGCACCACAGUUUCCAGUAGUACCCGAUUCCCAGAUGUUGGUAAGAGUGAAAAAAUUCAUUCUGUUUCCACACUAUCCAGUAGUUACUCUUUAGGAAAGAACUCCACAAUAACAUCUCUUUCACUAUUAAAAGAAUAUGAAGAAAUAGAAAAUAAUAGUGAAAAUCAGAGACAAACAGCAUCUGUUAGUGAAUUAAACAACAGUAAGAAGCCUGUAACUUUGGGGAAACAUUUGGUGAUCUCACCUGAAGAUACUGAUUUGAAAAAUACCUUUCUUGAACAUGGUGGACAUGGUUCAGAGGGUGACCAGCAUAGUUUCCGACCAUCCACUUCACCGCUGAGUCAUUCUUCUCCUAGUGAAGAGUCUGAGACAGCUUUAUCAGGGUUACGUUCUCCACGUAUGGAGGCUCUCUCUCCUGUGUUAUCAGUCAUGCACAAGGAAUGCAAUAACACCAGUGAGUUGAGCACCACAAUUAUUCGAGUCAGUCCAACUCUAAUGGAAGAACACAUCGUGGAAAAUUUGGAAGAAAAGGUUUCUUUCCAAGGUAAAGAAAAAAGAACAUUAUUGUAUGUUAUUCAGAACAACUUAGAUAAAAAAAAAGUGACUGACACUAUUUUCCUGAAUAACCAAAGUAUAGAUGUGCGACCUACUAUUAAUGUAUAUAAAGAUGGUUAUUCUGAACAUGGAGAUUUCUGUGAAACUACUCUGGUAGGUUUGACAUCAAACACUAAUGAAUUGGACCAUCUCAAUAUGGCUCUACCAGGUAGAACUUAUCAUCUGGCUUUGUCACCAGCUGGUUACCUCUUUACAUUGUAUCCAGAAUCUGGUAAAAAAAGUAAAGAAGUCAAUUCCAAAGACACAUUUACUGCCAAGAGUGAAUUCAGUAACCAGAUUCCUAGCCAGGUGGCUCGUGACACCCAGAACGCCCAGGUGCCUAACGUAGAAGGCCUCAGCUCUGCUGAGACACAGCACCUGUCUGCUGCUGUUCCUGUACUCUUGACUAAAUGUUCUCUGCCCUCAGCGACUUUUGCUCAGCAGUAUUUGGGAGUACUGCCUUCAGCUGGAAACAUAGCAUUACCUGCACUUCAUGUUCGGGCUGCCACAAUCUGUGGGUUUUCAGGAGAUUGUCCACAUCUUGCUAUCGCAGAAGAUCAUGCUCAGAACUCAGUGGCUGUGGGGAGUUGUCUAGGACAAAAUUUCGGCUCUGGUUUGAUGGGUACUACUUCUUUUUGUAACCCAUACUAUAAUUCCUUAAGUCCAUAUCUUCUAAGUACAGUAAAACCUUUUUCAUCUGUUGGUAUAAGCUGUGGAAAUGGACUGUGGAAUUCAGAGAAAAUAUCAGAAUUUGGGAGUGUAAGAGUACCUCAGGAGUUGCGGUUUCGUCACGCUUGCUGUGUUGGUAUUGUUUCCCAAACCCACCUCAGUGCUUUGAACCCUACUGACCAUUGGCUGCAGGUCAACAUUGGGGUUCUUAAUGUCAGUGCUAAUGGGGAGAAGGUGGAUCUUUCAACAUAUCCAUGUUUCAUUUUCAAGAAUAAAGUCAUUGUAAGACCUCAUACAAGAGAGGAGAUAAAAGUACUUUUUAUCCCAUCUGAUCCUGGGAUUUUUAGAUGUGUAUUCAGCAUUGCGUCUUGGCCGUUUUCAGCAGAUGCUGACACAGUAUUACAAGCCAAAGCCCUGGCCAGCAGAGUCAUUCUCACUGCUAUUGCUGAGAUGCCUUUCGUUGAGGUAGAAACAGAAAAGAAAGAUAUUCUUGACUUUGGUGACUUGAUUUAUGGAGGCUGGAAAGCACUCCCAUUAAAAUUGAUAAACAGAACACACACCACUGUGCCGAUCAGACUUGUUAUAAAUGCUAAUGCUAGCAGCUGGCACUGCUUCACAUUUUCUAAGGAACCAGUUACUACUUCUCUGGAAGGAGUUCCCUAUGCUGAUGUCUUUGCUCAAGUAGCAACAACAUCUGUGAUAAAUCAUGUGAUGCCUGCUAGCUAUGAUGGACAGGAUCCAGAAUUUUUUAUAGUUUGGGUUCUUUUCCAUAAUCAAAAAAAUCACAUUUGUUCUUCAGACAUUCUGGACCUCGCAGAAGAAUUCCUGGCAAGAGUUGAUAUAGAACUUGAUAGUCCAAAUCCUACCCCAGUUAUUAAAAGUAUUAAACUUCGAGCAAGAGCAGGAAUAGCUAAGAUACAUGCUCCAAAAGACUUGCAGUCUAUUCAUUUAUUCGCCAGCAUGGCUUCUUCAACAAAGCAAAACCUACCUUUGAAAAAUGCUGGAAACAUUGAUGUUUGUUUAGAUAUCAGGAUCCCAGAUAAAGGAAAUCACUUUUCAGUGGAACCAGAAAAUCUAUUCCUUAAAGCUGGAGAAGAAUGUGAAGUUACAGUUUCAUUUACUCCAGAAGAUUACAAAGCCUGUGAACAAAGGAUCAUGAAAAUAUUUGUGCAGCCAUUUGGACCUCAGUAUGAAGUAGUGUUAAAAGGUGAAGUAGUAUCUUCGGGAAAUAAAUCUCUAACACCUGGAUCUUGCUGUUCAGAUAUUCCAUCAGUUUUAUCCAACAAGCAGUUUCUGGCUUGGGGAGGCGUCCCACUUGGCAGAACACAGCUUCAGAAGCUAGCUCUCAGAAAUAAUUCUACAUCUAUAACCCAACAUUUACAACUGGUUAUUAGAGGACAGGAUCAAGACUGCUUUCAGCUUCAGCACAGUUUUGGUUCAGAAGAGCGAUUGACCAGUAAUUGUGAGAUCAGAAUUCGUCCAAAAGAAGACGUUAACAUCAAUAUGUUAUUUGCACCUACUCGAUUAUCUUGUAUGUUGGCUAAACUAGAAAUUAAACAACUUGGAAUUCAGUCACAACUAGGCAUUAAGUUCACAAUACCCUUAUCUGGAUAUGGUGGAACAAGUAAUCUGAUUUUGGAAGAUGUUAAAAAAUUGCCUGAUUGUUACAUGAUUACAAUGAACGACUUAAAUCCUGGUGAGGAAAGUCGAGUUCUGUUUUCUGUUCGGAACACUGGCUGUCGCGCAGCUUUUGUUAAAGCAGUAUGUUUUAAGGAUUCUCAGAAAAAAGUUUUGCUGGAUCCUAAAGUGAUGAGGAUUUUUCCAGAUAAGUUUGUGCUCAAGGAAAGAACACAAAAACGUGUUGCUAUCAUAUAUAAUCCAACAGACAGAAGAAGCAGUUACAGAAUGACAACAGAAAUAUCUACUGUAUACUUCUUUGGUGGUGAUGAAAUUUCAAGACAGCAAUAUCGAAGGGGUUUACUGCAUAAGCCAGAGAUUAUAGAAAAGAAACUGCCAAAACAUGGUCUGCUGCAGAACAUAAAUUUUGCAGAAGCAUUUCAAGAUGAGCUGGGAGUCACUGAAGUAAACGAUCUUCCUCAAUGCCCUAAUGAUAUUCAACUCUUCUAUGGAAACAUGCAUAAAAUCAUACUUUCAGUGACUGGAGAAUUCAGGGAUUCCAUAUCUGGCAGGGAAUUUCUACAGCCUUCUUCCAAACAUAGCUUGGAAUCUAAAAGUGGAAUAGGGAGUUCUGGAAGACACGGUGGCAAUAUUUCUUUGGAUGUAUUACCAGUUAAGGGUCCUCAAGAUUGUCCAUGUCUUUCACAAGCUGUUUUUACAUCUCAAGAUAAAUUAGCUUCUGAAGAAAUAUGGUCUGUCCACCCUGAACACUUGACUUUGAUAGCUCCUUCUCCAUGUGACAUGGGGAAAACUAGACGUUUCCUUAUUUUAAAUAGUUCUGUUACAUUACUGAAAUUUGAACUCUGUUGGCCAGCACAUUGUCUGACAGUAACACCUCAACAUGGAAUUAUUGAACCAGAGAGUAAACUACAAAUUCUUGUGAGUCCCAGUUCCUCCUUAUCCACAAAUCAUUCACUGUUACCGUGGAGUGGGUUGAUCUAUAUACAUUGUGACAAUGGACAGAAGAAAAUUGUAAAAGUUCAAAUUAAAAAUGACCUGACCCAAGAAGAACAUCCUUUUGAGUGUUGGAGCUCAAGCCCAUUUGGAAUCCUUCCCUCUGCACCUUCUGUUGGUCAUGUGGUGAUACCAGCGAAGCAGCCACCUUCCACAAAAGUGGAAAUAAGAAAUAAACUUGUCACUUUUCAUACAACAGAACUGGGUGCAACUUCAGAAAAUUAUCUGGAGCUUGACAAUCAUGGUAACACAGAUGUUAAAUGGCACCUGUCCUCUUUAGCUCCGCCCUAUGUCAAGGGAUUUGAUGAAAAUGGAGAUGUUUUUAGAGCUACCUGUGCAGCAUUCAGAUGUACUCCUGUUUCUGGCAGGUUGGAAAGUCACAAAAUCCAAAAGGUUUCCAUCACAUUUUUGCCCAGAGUCCGAGGGAAUUAUGCUCAGUCUUGGAAUGUUGAGUAUCACCCUGUCAAAGAGCCACACAUUAAGAACAUGCUGCGAUUCCAACUCUCUGGUCAGUGUAUCCAAGAAAAAAGUGAGCCGGAAAAGCCAUGCAGUUCCACAGACACCCUCGUUAAGAUUAAUUAUUCCAUUAGGCCCCGAAGACAAAGUUUAUCUGAAACUCCUGCACCUAUACCUAGGAAAAUUGACCUAACCCAUCAUGGAGUUUAUGCACCAGAAGAUGUAUAUCUGUUUCUGCCAACAAGAGUUGGGGACUCAAGGACGCUAAAAGUCAAUUUGCGAAAUAAUUCAUUCAUUACCCACAUGCUGAAAUUUUUAAGUCCCCGAGAGCCUUUCUACAUCAAACAUUCAAAAUACUCUUUAAGAGCCCAGCACUACAUCAACAUACCAGUGCAGUUUAGGCCUCAUGCAAUGGGCACAUUUGAAGCUUUGCUGGUUAUUCAGUCGGAUGAAGGGAAGAGUAUUGCUAUUCGACUAACUGGUGAAGCUCUGGAAAAACAGUAA